AUGGCCCUUAACAAGUCUAUGCAUGCACGCAACCGCUACAAGGACAAACCGCCCGACUUCGCCUAUCUGGCCGCCAAAUACCCCGACUUCCAGCAGCACCUGCAGACCACCCUCACCGGCAGGGUGAGCCUGAAUUUCAAGGACCCUGAGGCAGUGAGAGCUCUGACGUGUACCCUUCUGAAGGAGGAUUUCGGUCUUACAAUUGACAUCCCCGUGGAAAGGCUUAUUCCCACCGUUCCCUUGAGGCUGAACUACAUCCACUGGGUGGAGGAUCUUAUCGGUCACCAGGAUGCUGACAAGCAAGUCCUUAGGCGUGGCAUUGACAUAGGGACAGGGGCAUCUUGCAUAUACCCAUUACUUGGAGCAACCUUGAAUGGCUGGUAUUUUCUUGCAACAGAAGUGGAUGAUAUGUGCUUCAAUUACGCCAAGAAGAACGUAGAACAGAAUAACUUGUCUGAUCUUAUAAAAGUGGUUAAGGUACCACAGAAGACUCUUCUAAUGGAUGCACUGAAAGAAGAAUCUGAGAUUGUUUAUGAUUUCUGCAUGUGCAACCCUCCCUUUUUUGCCAACCAGUUGGAAGCAAAGGGAGUGAAUUCUCGAAAUCCACGGCGUCCCCCUCCCAGUUCUGUCAAUACAGGAGGGAUCACAGAAAUCAUGGCCGAGGGGGGAGAACUAGAAUUUGUCAAAAGAAUUAUUCAUGAUAGUCUGCAACUUAAAAAGAGGUUACGAUGGUACAGUUGCAUGCUGGGGAAGAAAUGCAGCUUAGCACCAUUGAAAGAGGAGCUUCGAAUCCAGGGGGUUCCUAAAGUUACUCAUACUGAAUUCUGUCAAGGACGCACCAUGAGAUGGGCAUUGGCAUGGAGUUUCUAUGAUGAUGUUCAAGUACCUUCGCCUCCGUCUAAAAGAAGAAAAUUGGAAAAACCCAGAAAACCGAUUACAUUUAUGGUCUUGGCUUCUACAGUCAAAGAGUUAUCUAGCAAAGCUGCAGCUAUGGGCUGGGAUGCUGUAGAAGCUAUUGCUGUGGUUAGGGCCUGGGUAGAGAAGAUUCUCACUGAUCUGAAGGUUCAGCAUAAACGUGUUCCCUGUGGGAAGGAUGAAGUUAGCCUGUUUGUGACUGCCAUUGAAAACUCCUGGAUUCAUUUGAGGAGAAAGAAACGAGAGAGAGUAAGGCAAUUACGAGAACUUCCUCGAGCUUCUGAAGGUACUCUGCAAGCAAUGGAAGAGGGAAAAAACCUCCCGAAGAGUGUCAGCAACAAUCUGGACUGUGAAAACCCCAAGACUGAAGACUCUGAAAGAGCGUUUAUAGCCCCUGAUGAGGAUGUCCACCCGACCGCAGGGGAUGAGCUAACGGAAGACUCUGCUGCCAAAGAAGAACACAAUGAGCAUGUGAAGGAGGAGGAGAUGGAAGCAAAUGGGGGAGAAGCGUCACGUGGCAAAGGUUCCAGUAAUGCAAAGGAGGAACCUAGCCCUUCAGAGGAAGCUAGCAAUCUCACAGUUGACAAAGAACAAAGUCCCAAAGAAACUAGUAGAUGUUUUCUCUUUAAGUGUUUAAUGAAUGUGAAGAAAGAAGGAAUUGAUGUAGUAGUAGAAAUGCACUGGGUUGAAGGACAGAAUAGAGACUUGAUGAACCAGUUGUGCACAUACUUACGGAAUCAGAUUCUUCGACUGGUUGCUAGUUAAUCCUCUUUCCUACUUUGUUAAAGUAAGCCAGUUCUCAAAUUUA